AUGAGUGAGGAACAAGAUCCCUUAUUAGCUGCUUUGAACGGCGGUGAUGAUAAUGUAAGCAAUAAUAAUGAACAGCAACAACCUUCAACAGAAGAAUCUGCCGCAAUCGAUCCUGAGGUUGAAGCUAAAAAUAAAGCGCUAUCAGCCUUUAAAAAGAAAUUGUUAGAACACAGAAGAUAUGAUGAUCAAUUGAAACAACGUAGGAAUCAUAUACGAGAUUUGGAAAAAGAAUAUGAAAAAACAGAAAAUGAUAUUAAAGCUUUGCAAAGCAUUGGCCAAUUGAUUGGAGAAGUUAUGAAGGAAUUGAGUGAGGAAAAGUAUAUUGUCAAAGCAUCAACAGGUCCCCGUUACAUUGUUGGUGUUCGUAAUUCUGUUGAUAGAUCAAAAUUGAAAAAAGGUGUUCGUGUAACACUAGAUAUCACUACUUUGACGAUUAUGAGAAUCUUACCUCGUGAAACGGAUCCGCUAGUCUACAAUAUGACCACAUUUGAGCCAGGUGAAAUCUCUUUUGAUGGGAUUGGUGGCUUAACCGAACAAAUUAGAGAGUUGAGAGAAGUUAUCGAAUUACCAUUGAAAAAUCCAGAAAUUUUCCAAAGAGUUGGUAUUAAAACACCAAAAGGUGUCUUGUUAUAUGGACCACCUGGUACGGGUAAAACGUUAUUGGCUAAAGCGGUUGCAGCUACAAUAGGAGCAAAUUUUAUUUUUUCACCUGCCUCUGGUAUUGUUGAUAAAUAUAUUGGUGAAUCCGCUCGUAUUAUCAGAGAAAUGUUUGCAUAUGCUAAAGAACACGAGCCCUGCAUUAUUUUUAUGGAUGAAAUCGAUGCCAUUGGAGGACGUAGAUUUAGUGAAGGUACUUCUGCAGAUCGUGAAAUUCAACGUACAUUAAUGGAACUUUUGACACAGAUGGAUGGGUUUGAUAAUUUAGGCCAAACCAAGAUUAUUAUGGCGACAAAUAGACCAGAUACAUUGGAUCCUGCUUUGUUGAGACCUGGUAGAUUAGAUAGAAAGAUUGAAAUUGGAUUACCGAAUGAAGCUGGUCGUCUAGAGAUUUUCAAGAUUCAUACGGCUAAAGUUAAGAAGCAUGGCGAAUUCGAUUUUGAAGCGGCUGUUAAAAUGAGCGAUGGAUUCAAUGGUGCUGAUAUACGUAACUGUAUUACUGAAGCCGGAUUUUUUGCCAUUAGGGAUGAUCGUGACCAUAUAGUUCAGGAAGAUUUAAUGAAGGCAGUUAGAAAGGUUGCUGAAACCAAGAAAUUGGAAGGCAAGUUGGAAUAUCAAAAAUUGUAG